UUGUUCAACCUCUUCCUUAUGUCUCUGCUGUCUAACUGUAGUCUACCCUGUAAAUGACCCCCCCUCUUUCCCCUUCACCUGGUAACCACGCCACUCCUUUUUGCGCCAUGUGGCAGGUAGCAGAAUAGCGGUGAGUUUCCUCACCUGUCUCACCUUACCUACGAACGCCACACUUUGAAACACUAGCCAACCAUCGCAUACUACCAGGAAACGAACCGCAAAUGAUUUUACGUUAGGUAAACUGAAUAUUGUUAACUCCAAGAAACUUGGUAUCAUGGAACCGACUUAUCGUGGUCUGGGGCGCUGUUCAUGCGCCUUUUGGUUGGCGGUGGCUUUCGACAUAUUCGGAUUGCUUAUUCUUUUAAUCGGCGUGUUUGCUGAUGUGUUCUUCUAUGACUUUUUAAUUUAUGCCGGUGCCAUAAUAAUUUUCCUGAGCCUCAUCUGGUGGGUGUUUUGGUACACGGGCAACAUCGAAGUGCCCCCCGAGGAGUUGGAAGAUGACGUCGGGUUGUUGAAAAAGAACCGGGGUAUCGCAGGUGCGGUGAGGCGUCUUUCCAGCCGUUUCUCCAGCGGCAUCAGGAAUUCGCUGCGUCGCACCGGAGGCCCCCCUCGUGGACGAGGCACGGCAGCAAAUAGGACAGGAAUCGGGAUGUCAUUACGCACGAAGGAUGCCCAACCGGAGCCGCCACCAGUCACCCUGGCUAUGGGGCAAGAUGAGAACGUGCAAACUGUGUCUGAAGCCGUGGAUAACGACAAACAUGUCUCUGACACAACCACCGAGACUGGGGCCAUAUGAUGUUGUAGGCUUUAAUAAUGGAAGAUUCGAUGGAAGAUUACAUAUCUCGAUGUUUACAAGCCUCCUCAAGUGUUCUUAUGCAAAAUGUAUCUUUUUUUAUACAAUUUGUAACGAUUGUUUUUAUUUGUAUAAUUAAAUGUAAAUAAUUGUAUUGAAUUGAAAUAGUUUUUCUGUUUAUUGAUGCUGCCUGUCUCAGUUUAAAAGGACCUUAAAGGCUUGAGGAAAUAUGUUAUUUUUGUGUUCACUUCUUGUGUGCUUAAUGCUCCCAGGGACACCCUUUGAUAAGAACCACACCUCAACGACCUUUAAACCCAUUUUAUUAUUCUGACUUCCUGUUUCUCACUUCUGUGUCUCCAAAAUGGGAUCAAAUGCUUCUGUCUUAAGAUCGCUCGCUCGCGCAUACACACACACAUUUUCUUUUUUACAUAGAUUACUGCUUUCUGUGUUCAUCAACAUUCCGUGACUGAAGUUGAAGGAGUAUAAUUAAACUGGAUUUUUAGACCACAUUGUGCUUG